UGUUAACUGCUUCAAUGCGAGUAACUUUAUGGCUUGCAAGUAAACUUAAUUCGCCGUUUUUUGUUUAAUCCACUGCAUUUGAAUGUUAGGUUUGCGAUAAUGUGAUGCGUGGAGGUUAGGAUGUCAGUUUAGUUAGCGAAAUUUCUCGCUACGAGUCAUUCGGAAAUGCAAGUUUCCGUUCGCAAAAAAGUGUCAUAAUGUAAGUGAUUACUGCUUCGUGUUGUGAAAUAAAGCCAGAGUUUGUAGUGUAUUAUGACUACCACGUUACCUAUAAACGGUUACAUGGAUGCAGCGAACGCCCCUGCGCCCCUUGUUGGGCAGCAAAAUGGGGCCGUUACUACUGGGAAUAGUACAGAUAAAGGCAAAGAAUGGCAAAUGGAGUUAUUGAUGGAAAAAUUGCGCUCCAAGGCGACUACUUUCAAGUCGCUUGUGGAAACUGCCAAAAGCUUGAGAAGUACUAUACUGGAAAAAAGAUUUGCCAUAGACAGCGUUGAGAAAAUGCAGCUUCAAAAAUGUUUAGAUACUUUGCAACAUUCCAUUAAAGUAACUUCUCUUCAAUCUAUGAUCGAACGUUUGGAAAGUCUCACACGACAAUUAGGAUUAAAAUUUAUGAUGCCUGGGCAACAGAAUACUGAAUUAUUCAUAUCUUCAGAUAUGUUUUAUUUGGAAGUUAUUCUCGAACCUAGUGGAGCUGUUAAAAAUGUAAAGAUUCACCACGAGGGAAAGAACGAGACACAGAAUUGUGAAGAGCUCGUCGCCUGUUUGUCGAGAGGAGACUUUGUCGACUUCACAACGCAGUUGGAGGGCCUCGCUUCAAUCUAUCAAUUAAAUGCUGAUAAGAAAGUGAAAUGCAAAGCAUUUAGCGCAUUACAAUCGCUUGAAGCCGAUUUGGGGGUUCUAGCUCAGUUGCAAACUUUCAUGAAGGAACCUUUCAAUCUUGUACACAAAAGUCCUGUUGGUCAGUUGUAUUUUAUAAAUAAGAAAAGUCAAGUUGGUAUUCUGGAACGAAGGAGAGGAGGUCACGCCAUGAAACUGACGUAUUUCGUGUCGCCCUAUGAUUUAAUUGACCAGGAGAAUCGCAGUUGUGAAAUGUUGAGCUUGGACGCAGUCAUUUCGCGAAAAAUUGGCCAUUCUGUGACCGUUUGUUUGGAAGGAUCCCCGGCACACAAACUGCCAACUUCAAGUAUUAUCACUGUCAGCCGAAGUUCUAGUGGGAAAAGCACACCAUCGUAUGCUGCUCUAACCAGUACGAAUUCAUCGAUACUACCAGCUUGCUUCGUUCUGAAAUUGGCUAAAAAGAUGCCAAUGUGUUUGGAAUUACUGCAGAAAAUUCAAAAAGUUACCGAACUUGAAUGCGCAGACGUUUCGGCCCCUCAUCCUCUUUUAAGCAUGAUUGUUCAGCACACGAGUAAUGGACAGUUGGAUUGCCAAAACAACCGUGGUUUAUAUGUCUCGUUGCCGGAUCAACACCACUGUUAUUUCAUGACCGAGAACAAAGACAUGGAGGGAGUCUUAGUUGGCAGUAUCCCCUUCACUCAUCCAGCUCACGUGCCACAAAUCCUGGUGUUUCUUCGACAACAGGCCCUCUUCAACACUCUUAUUUCGAGCUGCGUACGAGCCAUGGCACGUCAGGAUCCCGAGCACACAACCAUCUUUGAAGUGAGCGCCCUCUCAUGGCAAUCGAUAUCCGUGAGUUUAGAGCAUCCUUUCGAGGAAACAAUGGCAACCGCCUUAUUUGAUCUUUCCGACAUUUCCGCCCUGAAGUGUAAACUUUUCGGUGUUAGCAUUGCAAACACCGAGCAAACACAGGACGUGGCUGCUACCGUCUUGCAAAGAUGUCUCAGCAUUCCGUUGACAAUGAGAACUCUCAUUAAAAUUUGGGAGGGCCGUAGUUCAAUAGGGAACAGUAUAAGUGGCGGCGGGAACGGGAAUUACAAUAUAAAUCUGGGUCCAGGUCGCGAUCAGAAUGGCCACAAUGGACCGGGAAUACCCGACUUUGGCAGCGACGAUGUGCAAAUAAAACAAGAGCCGGGAACGAUCAACGGUUCGGGAGCAGCUAUUGGCAGACAGCAGCAAAUGUCGCAGCAGCAAUCACUUCAAAAUCCACAACAGCAACAGCAGCAGCAACAACAACAACAACAGCAGCAGCAGUCUUUUUUAGAUGCCGGAACGGAGAGUAGUAUCGGUUUUCCGUCUUUUUCCGGCCAAUCCGAUACAAACACUACUGCUAUGUUGAAUCCUUUACAGUUGGGAGCGCUCCUCGGUCAAGCCAAGAUGUCAUCGAGUGCCUCGAAUUUAACCAGUGAAAGAUCGAAGAAAUCGCGCAAGAGAAAAACGGCAGAUGGUUCGUGGCGAAGUCCGAAGAGGAAAGCCGAUGAUUCCGGGGAUAUAAUGUUGGAGAGUUCGAGUUCCGAUUCCACGCCACUUGGUACACCAACGAGUAGUCGAGAUAACAUGAAUGAAGCAAGAACCCCUACGCCAACUGCUGUUGGCUUGGGAAGUGGGAUGGAAAUUUCGAAUAUUGAUUCAUCCUCGGACAUUCUGGGCACCGACAAGAGCUCGGAUUACGACAUGGAAACGGAAAAUGAGGUGAUGGAAGUGCACGAGGUGCAAAAUGUGGACGAGCUCUUGAAGAAGGAACGAAAGUCGAAGAAGCGCGAGGAGAAGAAGAGUCCGACGAGCGCCUUUGAGGAGAGCAAAAGUUUAGUGCCGCCCUCUGUGAGCAUUACUCCAAUUUCUAGCAGUGGAAUGGGACAGGCCACCAAUUACAGUUCCGUCCUCACGGGAAUGGGACUUGAGCGCAGACCUGGUAUUGAAAUAAUACCGAUCACGUCAUCGCCGCAGGCGAGUCUGCCGAGUUCAAUCACAAUAACGCCAAUUACAGGACCAACAACGAAAGCGGCGAUGGACGAGCGGAGGGAACGAAAGAGUUCAAAAAACCGGUCAGGUACCGACGAUGGGAAAAGUAAGCUGGAGAAGAAGAAGAAGAGAAAACGAGAGGAGAGUCCGAUGGGUCCACCUGACAAGUACCCACCGAAACAGCAGCAACAGCAGCAGCAGCAACAGCAGCAGGACGCUCUCUCGAAGCCCGUCUCGGUAAGCAUCAAACCAACAGAAUCACCGCCCGGUUCACUCAGUUCUUCACGACCAUCAUCUCCAGCGACGACUUUGCGAAAAUUUAGUGCCUCGCCAACGCACACGAGCCCUCUCGCCCUCGUCGGUAAAUCCAGUCCAACUUUGAAGCAAUCGUCGAGUAAACCGGCUCAAAGUCCAAAACAUUCGCCAGUUUAUAGCAGUCCGAAACAUAUGUCUGCGAUGCCAGCGAGUGUGAGUCCUAAACACGGAACGUCUUCGCCGAAGCAUGGGAGUUCGGGAAGUGCGGGAAAACCUAGUAUGUCGGCUUUAAAAUCGGCGGCGAGUUCACCAUCGGGAAAGGGCGAUGGGAGCAAUUCAUCAAAGUGUAAAUCUUCAUCUUCCUCGUCGAGCAAAGACUCAUCUCGUGAUAAAGACAGAAAAGCUUCGUUAGCCUUCAGCAGUUCUUCGGGACAUCAAAGUCCGAAAUCUAAAUCAUCGUGCGGAAAACCAAAGCAACUGGAGUCAAUUUCGAGUGAUUCUGGACAGCAGUCAGCACAGAGCGGCGGUUCUGGCUGUGGAAGUACGACGCCACCAUCUGAGCUGAAUAAAUCUGCAACUGCUCAACAACAAGCGAGGAAUCGAAAGGGUUCGCUGAGUGCGGUGAUUGACAAGUUGAAAAAUGCCCAGCAUUGUACCGAUGAUGGUGGCAAUGGUAGCUCUAAAGUGUCAGCUACAGGGUCUUCUAGUGGAUCCUCUGGAACGAAGGAGAGGGGCAUGACUUCCUCGAAUAAAGUGGUUGAGGGAAAAAGUACGAAUAAGAAUCCUAUGGAUUCAAAGAAUCCGGGAGAGUAUAUGGUGAAGCACAGCUCGGAUGGUAUGAAGAUUACGAUCAAUAAAACCCGAACGAAGGAUUCAAAGAUGUCCACCUCGUCGUCAUCAGGCAGUUCUGGAAAUGGAUCUCCUAAAACGCAUACGGGUUUGAAGCCAGGUGUGAGUUCUGGACCAGCCUCCAAGAAACCGUCAACCCAGACUUCUCCAAAAGUGCAUAUUUCCUCCGCCAUGACUUGUGGAUCAGGCAGCAGUAACAAGAUGAUUUCCGGCAGUCAGAAAUUUCCUGGUGUCAUGAAAUCUAGCUCCGGUUCGAAUUUAACCUCCAGUGGCUCCAUGAACAAAGGUCCGUCGAUGAAGUCUUCCUCGUCGUCUUCCAACACUGGCUCGCCCAAGACGUCUAGCUCGGGGGCGACUGAUCUCAGCCGUUCGCGGGACAAAUCCCGAUUUCCCAAGUCCAGCGAGAAAAGUAUAUUCAGCUCGAAGGGUACGGACAUCAGGAAAUCGAGUCCUGCGUCUCUUCGCGAGGAGUGCGAAUCUGAGCGAGCCUUUAAACUCCUUGCUCACGCAUCCAUGUCGAGUCUGCAAAAUCUUCCGGGCAUUCCGCCCCAACUUUUGGCCGUCGAGGGCCUGAUGAAGCAGCUGGAUACCAACUUUCAAAUACCGAAACUCUCGGCCCGAGCGAAUGCCGACUCGGCUGAGAAAAGAUCGUCGUCAGCCACCGAGAAACUGUCACAAAUAUCGGAAUCAAUAUCAAAAUCUGUGAUGGACAGUAAAACCUCAGAUCAGAUGAGCAGGUCCUCACAACUAGGUUCUAAUCCUAUUGCAAACACGUCCAACGCGAAAUCUGAGGAGUCCAUGAAUACACCGGUAAAUUUUGGUACCAGUUCCAGUUCGAUUUUACUCGCGCAGCAAGAUUCUCAUGACACUGACGUGCCCACGAAUCUCUCGAUGCAGUCGGACGAGAAUCAAUCGAAAGACUUGAUCAAUCGGCCCUUUCUAAACAGCUCGGCCGUGUCUGCCGACAGCAUUAAAGAUGACUCAGUGAUGGUUGUGCUUCCAAAAAUUAGUGACUCGCAUUCGGCACCAGGAAAACAAGGCUAUGGAGUUUCGGCUUCGGGAAUCAACGUUUGCGAUGGUGUCAAUAUUGGGGGCAGCAGUUCCGAAAGUUUGAACUUGAGCACAAAGCCCAUGGAUGCGUCAAUGAACAAAUAUACGAAGUGCAGCGAUGACAAGGAGUCCCAGCAGACCUUUCAAGUUUCAAAUCUCGCAUUGAGCGAUCCGGGAACGACAAUUUCGUCAAUCGGGAGUUCAACAACGAGUUCCACGAAAGAAGGGGUUGCGGCGGUGGCGGCGGCGGCGGCGACGACCUUGCUGGAUUUUUCCACGCCCAAGGAUCCGCACAAGAGCUCGAUAUCGAUGGUUUCGGAAAGGGCGCACAUGAGGAGAAAUACACCACCGCCUCCGCCGCCUCCUCCGCCUCCGCCACCGCCGCCUCCGCCACCUCCACCGCCCCAACAAGUCUCGCUGGCGGCAGUAAAUCCAUCGGCAGUGCCGGUUUUAACAGCGACAGCCCUGAACUCGUCGUCGUCGUCAGUGCCAAGUUUUCCCGCGAGUCCGUCGGUGAGCGUUCAUAUUGUAAAAAGUCCGGCGCCCUCGCCACGCGUUAUUCCACCCUCGCCUCAUUCAGCAUCGCCCUGCAUCACUGAUGAUGAGCUCAUGGAUGAGGCGUUGGUCGGUAUGGGUAAAUGAAGAUUACUUAAAUUUAGCCACUCAAUUUCUUCCGUUAAUUUUUUUUUUUUCGAUACCUCUUUCAUGGUUCCGUGUCUGGCCUCUGGCUUAGCCAGAAGUUUGAGAUUUUGAUGAUGCAGGAAUUUUUAUUUUAAGGGUACAUUCUAGUAACUGCCCUCGGAAAAAAAUGCUAUUUUUGUGAAUUUUUUAGGAGAUUAUGCAGGAUGUCCUGGAAAUGGUUGAAAACCUGGACAAGUCCUUGCAUUAUUUUUUACCCGAAAAAAUCUGGAAAAGCCCUUGAAUUUUGCUCAUGCAGGGUGGCCACUGGACCAGGAAAUGAUCGGAAAUUUUUCUGAGACCGGGAAAUGACAGUGAAUUUAUUUCUUGACCGGGAGUUUUACGAAUUUUCAAUAGAAAAAUUUUCCCAAGUUUGAUUUUAACAAUUUUGUAAAUAAUUACAGUAUAAAAAACUGAACAAUAUUAUUGAUUUGACAAAGCGAUUCUAAAUUCA